AUUUGAACCGCUUUUCCGGUUCUCACGAUGUCAUGGCGCCGCCUGUGCAAAAUCAGCCCGGCAAGAUACAGGAGCCCAACAAGAGCGACGAACACCCAAGCGCCUGCUCAGAUGAAAGUCUUUAUGUCAAUUUCUACCCUCGUGCUCCUAAAAGUAGAGUUCACCAAAAAAGCUAGGCCAAGUAGGUUUUCUAAUUUUUUUAGCGCUAUUUAUCUAUUUCCAAACUCAUGUGUUAGUUUUGAGAACUACGAGGGAAAUGCGGAUGCCUCAUCGUAGAAAGGGAAGGCGAGCGUCGCUUUAUAUUACGAACUUCUUCUAAUGUUUCUGCACACGACGCUGGCACUCGUCCGCAGGUGGACGCCUUUACCACAACACGCAAGGAGCACUAUUAUAUGCAUACUGAAGCAUCUUCAUAGAAGGACACAGCUAUUCCGGAUAGAAUUUGGGCGAGGCGCUUGGCGCUUGGAGAGCACGACUCUGCCACUAGUAGUUCAUCUUCAGUUUGAUGUAGCUGCUCUUGCUAAUGUUGUAGUGAUCAUCGAUUUUAUGGCGGCGUAAGAGUACAAGAACUACCGGCAAUUCGGCAGCAGCUGUCUGUACCUCUGCCUUCGCGGCUCGGAAAACUACGCAACGAAAGAAGUGGGAGUGUAGGACCAUCAUCACAGAGAGUACUACCUGCCUCUGCGCUACGUUGAAAAUUGGGACUCUCCAGGUUCGUUCUCGCAUACAACACAUAGCGAGACGUGCUCCAUCUAGAAAGCUGCGUCGUGGUGGUGCGCUACAGUACCAGACGUGUCGUAACACACCAGAACCAGUUCGACGUAAAGUAGGCUUCCGCCAGCGGCUCCCGACUCAUGAUGCAUAUCUGGAAUGGGGGCUCUAACACAUCAUGGCGCGCUUCUAGGUGACUACUUCUGCUUGACUUGCUGCUGUAUUGGUACUAUGCAAGCCUCGG